AUGUCGAAGUCAGAGAAGAGGAAAGGGCCUCCGGCGCCUCAAAAGCCCCGCAAAAGACAAAAAGUGUCCGUCCAAAGCAAGGCUCAAGCGUAUAAAGGCCCAUCUAUCCGUGGCGACGCGUUGAAAUGGAAGACGGUGGCUCUGCCGAAGAGGCUGGAGGACGCAGAAGGUUUCUACGGCUUGGAGGAGAUUGACGAUGUCGAAGUGGUCCGAGAUGAGAGCAACAACCAUGUCAUGUUCAGGCCGAUCUCGGCGGCCGCCGUGGAUAAUUCCAGUAGCGACUUCGAAGGCACUGGAGAAUGGUCGGGGUUUGACGACGACAAUAAGGGAGAAAACCCAGCACCUUUGCCGGAUGCUCUGUCAGCGGAUUCUACUGACGAUGGAGCGAAGCACUCGAAAUCGGGGAAAGGACUUGAGCACAAGCCCCAGCCCAAAUCCAAGAGGAUGGAAGAGAUUGCUGGCGAUAUGAAUUUCGAUGUCCUCCUAGAGCGGUCGGAGGAGUCAAAGGUUGAUGUCUCAGCUUGGCAGGACCUCGAGCUGUCGCCCGUCACCCUUUCCCAGCUCUCACGUUUAGGAUUCAGCAAGCCCACGCCAAUACAACAAGCCAGUAUCCCCGCCAUCACCCAGGGUCACGAUGUCAUUGGCAAGGCUGUGACGGGAUCAGGAAAGACCCUUGCGUUUGGGUUGCCGAUAUUCGAGAGGUGGCUGUCCGGUGAAGAUCAACCAACGAAAGGCACCAGCAGUGGUGAUGACGCGAUCUUGGCUCUCAUCCUCGCACCCACGCGAGAGCUAGCUUUGCAAUUGAACAAACAUCUGAACGAGCUGUGCAUCGGUCUGGAGAGACGCCCGAAGAUCAUCGCUGUGACUGGCGGCUUGUCCAUCUACAAACAACAACGACAGCUCCAAGACGCAGACAUUGUGGUCGCGACACCAGGACGGUUCUGGGAGGUGAUGAAUGAUGCUUCUACCAAUCAAGACGUGGAUGCUCUGGUCGAACGGCUAAAGAAGAUCAAGUUCCUGGUCGUGGACGAAGCAGACCGCUUGUUGAGUGAAGGCCACUUCAAAGAGGUUGAGGAGAUCCUCGACGCGCUGGACCGACAACUCAUCGACGAGGACAAUGACGGGGAGGCAGCAGAGAAGCCACCGAACUCUGAAAGGCAAACACUCGUGUUUUCUGCCACGUUCCACAGAGGCCUGCAGCAGAAGCUUGCCGCUAAGCAGAAGGCUGGAAAGCGGUCGGAUAGCAAUCUUCUGAGCAACCAACAGUCGAUGGAAUACCUGCUUCGGAAACUCUCCUUUCGGGAGGAGAAGCCCACAUUUAUCGAUGUCAAUCCCACCUCGCAAAUGGCGACUGCGCUCUCCGAAUCCAUUGUCGAAUGCGCUGCCAUGAAGAAGGACCUCUAUCUCUACUCGAUCAUGAUGCAGAAUCCUGGCAAAAAGACUUUAGUGUUUACGAACAGUAUCGCAGCCGUCAAGAGGGUAACUGCGUUUCUCCAAAGUCUGAAGCAGCCUGCAGUGGGCUUGCACUCGACAAUGCCACAAAAGUCGCGAUUGCGGUCACUCGAAAAGUUCACAGCCCAGAGUACGGUGCUUGUAGCCACAGAUGUUGCAGCCCGAGGCAUAGACAUUAAAGGUAUCGAGCUGAUCAUUCACUACCAUGUACCCAGGACCGCAGAUAUGUACGUGCAUCGAUCUGGAAGAACAGCUCGGGCGGAGAGUUCUGGGCGAUCCAUUCUGCUUUGCUCGCCAGACGAAGUCGCUGGUGUAAGAAGAUUAAUCAGCGAAGUACACAAGACCGACGAGCCGCCAGAUACUAUUCAGCUGGAUGGAAGACUAGUGCAACAACUUGAGCCGCGCGUAGCACUAGCCCAGAAAAUCACGGAUGCUACUCAAGCAAAAGAAAAAACCGCGAGCAAGGACGGAUGGUUGAAAACCGCCGCCGAAGAGCUUGGUGUGGAGUAUGAUAGUGAAGAGUUUGAGACACAGGGGCAAAGAGGCAAGAGGGGACGGGGUGGUGGGCGGGCAAAGAAGGAAAAAGAAAAUGCCACGAUCAGCAAAGAUCAAGUCUCUGAAUGGCGGUCAGAACUUGACACGCUCUUGAAGAAGAGAAUCAACCUUGGAGUCAGCGAAAGAUACAUUGCAGGCGGACGGGUUGAUGUGGAAGCACUACUCGAGGGUAGGAUGGAUGGAGCAUUUCUCAGUCGCUGA